AAAAAAAAUAAUGAUGAUUGAAGAAGGAACAAAGAAAUUAAGCAUUAUUUGGAAGUGCUGUCUCUGCGUUGGUGAAUUUUGGGAAUGAACAGAGCAUAUUCUCCUCACUUGUCGUUGUCGAUUACACCUUUGCACUUUGUAGCCUUCACCCGUCACCCUUCACCGUCGUUCUCUCCGCCGGCGACUUUAUCAUCAACGCUCUUUAAAUCACAACAUCACAAAUCCCCACAUUUUGUGUUAAUUCCUUUGCCACAGGAUAGAUAUGGCUUUCGAUGCUCCAGGGGAGGGAACAACAACCUGCGCCGCCUGGAUUCGCCGACCGGACAACGCGCGGUUGGUCGUCGUCGGAAAAUCGACGCUAUCUUCGCUCGAGAUUUACUCCUUCGAUCCUAAAACCACUGCUCUCUCAGCUUCGCCCAAGGGGAAAUAUGAAUUCGAAGAAGGAAUCAUUCCGGUGAAAAUUGCCGUGCAUCCGAGUGGAGACCAAUUAGUUUGUUCCACCAACACUGGAGAUUGCAAACUGUUCGACAUGUAUGGUCGGGAAGACAAGAUGAAUCUUACUGCAGCAGAGCAGCUUCCGCUGCAGGGAAUUGGUCGGCAAAAUUGCAUGGCCUUUAGCUACGAUGGAACGAGGUUUGCUACUGGUGGAGCUGACGGAUCGCUUAGAAUAUUUGAGUGGCCUAGCAUGCGUAUCAUUUUAGAUGAGCCGCGAGCUCACAAGUCAUUUCAAGACAUGGAUUUCAGUUUGGACUCAGAAUUCUUAGCCUCGACAUCAAUUGAUGGUUCUGCGAGAAUAUGGAGUACAAAUGAUGGUGCUCCAGUUACAACAUUGACGAGGAACCCUGAUGAGAAGAUUGAACUUUGUCGAUUUUCUAAAGAUGGAACAAAGCCAUUUUUAUUUACUUCAGUUCAAAGAGGGACUAAAGCACUGACUGUUGUUUGGGAUAUAAGCACAUGGAAAAAAGUCGGGCACAAGCGUGUACUCGGAAAGCCUGCUUCAAUAAUGUCCAUUAGUUUGGAUGGGAAGUAUCUUGCUCUGGGGAGCAAGGAUGGCGAUAUAUGUGUAAUCGAAGUGAAAAAGAUGGUGGUUCGCCACUGGAGCAAGAGGCUGCACUUAGGUUCAGAUAUUGAAACAUUGGAGUUCUGUCCCCGCGAGAGAGUAAUACUUACUACUUCUAAUGAAUGGGGAGUAAUGGUCACAAAACUUACUGUCCCUGCCGAUUGGAAAGAAUGGCAAAUUUAUUUGCUGCUCUUGGGACUGUUUUUGGCAUCAAUUUUGGCAUUCUACAUCUUCUUCGAGAUUUCUGACUCAUUUUGGAAUUUCCCCCCUCCCCCACCAAGGGAACAAUCUACUAGAAUCGAUGUUGAAAGCAUUUUUUCGCAGUCGGACCAAAGUCCAUGGGAGCCUUUAGACCUCUAAUACUUCUGGUAAUUUCUACUCUUUAUGAUCCUUGUGCAGAAGUGAAAAGUGGGGAAAAAAAAAGGUGAUUCGAUUCAUUUACUUAUGCAGCAUUGUCUUGGCUUUUACAUGAGAAAAAUAAGGUGCGCAAAUUGCGCUGGUCGGAAAACAUUUUCGACACAAGUUUAUAGUUUUUGUGAUAUGUUAGCAUUGCUUAGAACUUGUCAUUAUUUUUUGUGACAUGUAGAAUUUGUUCACUUGUUAUUUUGUUUUGUUUUCUUUCU